GGCAGCAGUGCGGGAGGCAUGGAGCGAGGGCGGCAGGUGGCUAACUUUGGGGCCGGGCCGGCGAAGCUGCCGCGUUCGGUGCUGUUGGAAGCACAGAGAGAACUGGUAGACUACAAAGGACUUGGUAUAAGUGUUCUUGAAAUGAGCCAUCGGACCUCAGAUUUCACAAAAAUUUUAAAUACAGCUGAAAAUCUCCUGCGUGAAUUGCUAAAUAUACCAGAAAACUACAAAGUUAUUUUCCUCCAAGGAGGUGGAUCUGGUCAGUUCAGUGCAGUCCCACUUAAUCUUAUCGGUUUAAAAGAGGGAAGACAUGCAGAUUAUGUGGUUACUGGAGCUUGGUCAGCAAAAGCAGCUAAAGAAGCGGAGAAGUAUGCAAAAGUGAAUAUUGUCCAUCCAAAACUAGGAGCCUAUACAAACAUUCCUGACCCAAGCACUUGGAAUCUUAAUCCAGAUGCAUCUUAUGUCUAUUAUUGUGCUAACGAGACUGUUCAUGGUGUGGAGUUUGACUUUGUACCUGAUGUUAAAGGAGCAGUCUUGGUUUGUGAUAUGUCAUCAAACUUCCUAUCCAGACCUGUGGAUGUUUCCAAGUUUGGUGUGAUUUUUGCUGGCGCUCAGAAGAAUAUUGGCUGUGCUGGAGUUACUGUUGUGAUAGUACGUGAGGACUUGCUGGGAUUUGCACUGAAAGAAUGCCCCGUAGUACUGGAUUACAAAACACAAGCAACGAAUGGUUCCUUGUAUAACACUCCGCCGUGCUACAGUAUUUAUAUCAUGGGAUUGGUACUGGAAUGGAUAAAGAAUAAUGGUGGAGCUGCAGCUAUGGAUAAACUCAGUUUGAUCAAGUCACGAAUGAUUUAUGAUAUUAUAGACAAAUCUAAUGGAUUCUAUGUGUGUCCAGUAGAGAAAAAGAACCAAAGCAGAAUGAAUGUCCCUUUCCGUAUUGGCAGCAUCAAGGGUGAUGAAGCACUGGAAAAGAAAUUUCUUGAGAAAGCUGUGGAACUUAACAUGAUAUCUCUGAAGGGACAUCGAUCUGUUGGAGGAAUCCGUGCCUCUUUAUAUAAUGCAGUAACUGUAGAAGAUGUUGAGAAGCUUUCAACAUUCAUGAAAAGCUUCAUGAAGAUGCAUCAAUCAUAAAUGCCUAUGGGUUAGAGCCUUGCUGCACAUCUGCGAAAUAGAAGCUAAAGGGUUUAAAAGUUACGGUGGUACCGCACAGCUAUAGCGCACAAGUUAUAUUGUCUUUUAGUUCCUGUAGCUAUUUUAGUUAACUCAUGGGGAUUGAGGCCCAAUCUUGCAAUGACUUGACAGCCUUGGCUUCACUGAAGGUGAGGACCUCCAAACUGGUUAAGAUUUGGUUCCAAGAUUUUCAAACCAGUACUCUUAACAUGUAGUUAAAACCUGAGUAGUGUUAUGAGGUGCAAUAGAUCUGAGUCUGUUUCCUGCUUCUAGUCACAAAUGGCUUCAGCAAUGCCUUGUUUUCAGUAAACUAAAGGAGGCAAAACUUGUCAUAAGGUUUCUUUAAUGCUUUACAAAUAAACUGACUGCACAGUUAAGCUAUAACUAACAUUAAGUGUUCUCUAGGAUAUCUGGUUGCUCUAUCAGAUAUGUUCCAACACUAUUUAGGAGUUAAUAUUGGUGUUUUUAACUUGAGGACCUUGCCUUCAGACUUCUGCUGUCGUGCAGACUAUCCUAACAGUUUCAUGUGCCAAUGGCCAUUGUGAUUAAAGUCUGUAGGACUGGGCCUUUUUGCAUAUUUUCAUUUAUUGGCUUAAAGCUAGGAUGCAUGAGUCUGUAAUUAAAUCAAUUUAUAAGAUGUUUAUUUCUCUAUACAUUUUGUAUAUUAAACCUCUCUAGGUUAUUAAUUUUAUAUUCUUAUUUUGGAAUAUGCGUAUUUGCUCCUGCCAAAAAUUUGUUUUUAAUUUGUUAACCUUGUGCCAAACUGGAUUGCUGUGUUCCACUCAAUGGAUCUGUAACUUUCUGUACACUGACUUCCUAGCCUGAAAUGCAGGAGACUUUCUUGCCUGGUGCUUCUUAAAAGUCUUCCAUCUCUGGUUGAUUACAUAUUUUCUCUGCCUUUUUGUUGUAUCCGUUCUGUAGCAUUUUGUACAUGGGGCUUUGCUUUGCCCAGCUGCAGUCUUGACUUCUGUGCCUUCUCCUGGCACCACUUUUAGUUAAGCUUUCUCACUUGAUUUUUCUGGCUUAUUCCAGGCUUUGAUACUUGGGACUAGAAAGGAAAUUGUGGCUAUGCAAAGGUCUCAAGAACAUCUUCUGUGAUAGUACCCUCAAGUUAAUUCUCAUUGUGUGAAUUUACUGCCAAUGAUGAGAUAUUGACACAUUCCUUAGAUUUUAACUUACAUAGAUGCUAUCUGUUAACAUCACAGUGUUUAGCAUCAUUACUGCAGAUCAUUUUAGACUUGAAGCUCUUUGGUACAGGAUUGGGAUUUUUUAAUUUCUAUGUGACACCAGUACGGUGGUAACAAUUUAAUAAUGACAGACCAUCUCUUUCGUGGUGGAACCCUACAGCAAGUCAGUGAAAUUGUGCUAGGAUUGAAUUACAUUCCUCUCUGAAAAGUCAUCAUUUUGUGACUACUGUUUUGAGAUUUAUUUUGUCAGCUUAGUGUAACUCAAUGUAAUUAAACAAAUUGGGUGAAGAAAAUAAAAUAUAAUCACAGCAUGCCAUGAGGUACCAGUGUGUCUGAAGCUUUUGGUUUUGUUACUUUCAGAAGGAUGAGAAGUCAUCCAUAAUGUGUGCUAGAAAUUUGCUUUACAGUGUUGUCGUUGUCCCUAAAAAAACAAGCUUCCCUCUGGUAUGUUUUCUUUGUUUCUGAAAAUAGUCAUCUCUCCAACUAGCGUAGAAACAAGAGCAUUGUUAUGAGAAGGUUUUGAGAACCCUCUUUGCCCUGCCAAUCAUGAAGAUCUUAAUUCAGAUGCAGUAUGAAGCUUUCUGACUUUCUAAAAUUCUUCUUCCUCUGAAUUGUGUACUUUUCUUUCGGUAGUAGCUGUGGCUCAUGUGUCUCCAGAAGUUAGUAAACCUUUCUGGUUUUUUAUAGUGUUACAUU